UAGUGUUAAAAAAAGAAAAAGAAAAAGAAAAAAAGGCAGGGCGCUCUUCUUUACGAGUCCAAUCUGCCGCCAGCAAGUCGCAUCAACAAAGCGCUCGAACUUCUCAGGCUUCAAGAUGUCGGUCUUCUACGGGAUCUUAGCGGCAACGUGUCUCAUUUUCGGCAUUGCGAGUGCGCAGGAUCCACCGCCCAACGUGUGUGAAACCUCGUUCAUGGACAGCUGCUACGAGACGGCCAUCAACGAGUCCAUGCAGCUCAUCUCCGAAAACCUCCACAACAGACUGGGACACUUGUGCGGCCGCCUGACGGACGCGAAUUCGACCAUGUUCUCGAGCUGCGGCAGCUUCGCAGAAACCUGCAGUUCCGGGGACCCCUGGAAGAAACCCAUAGAGGACGUCAUUGGGGCUCUCUGCAGCGAAACCAACGUCCGUAUUUUCUCAACGCCGCUGGUGCCUUCGGCCCGGUGUUUCCACGUGGACUACGCCUUCGAGUGCAUCAGCAAGAGCCUAAACGUGUAUGGCAAUCUGACGGACUACAUCCGCUCCUUCCGCAACGAGAGUACUUGCAGGCGAGUGGUGGGCAAGGUUCGCGAGUGUGCUGUUGGCGUCUUCGAUAUCUGCCACAACUCGGAAGCACUGCACGCCAUGAAGGGCGCCCUGCUGAGUAUCGUAGACGUGGCCCUCAACGCCACCGGUUGCGACGCCAUCGAAGAGCACGAUGAGAGCGGCAGCGCGGUGCCGCGUCCCAGCGAGUGCCAGACGCAGAUGACCCGCAUCACGGACUGCCUCAAGGACAUCGUGAGCCCUAACACUGUGGCUGGAGAACUGCUCGAGAAAAUCCGCACGAGGCCGCAGGACUUCGACGCCACGUUCUGCAGGACGUACGAAAGCGUGCUGCACUGCAAGAGCAACCUGACUUCGAGCUCCUGCUACUCGGCGAAAGCCAGAGCUGCCCUCGCCAAGAACAUCGACGCCUUCUCCAAGGCGAGGAGUUUCCUGUGCGCCAACAGUCGCAAGAAGCUCCUCGAGUUUGCGGACUCCUUCCAAAAGGACGGAUGCAAUCCCAACGAUGACGUAAUCAACGAAUGCUCCCGCGACUACGUGCGGAACGUGACUUCGGCCGACACGGCCACAUCUAUGGAGGAAGUGCACAAGUCCUUCCGUGCCCAGAUGGAGUGCAUCCGCAAGGAAUUCAGCGACUGCAAGGACAAGAGCCCCGCCAGGCUCGUGUCGGAAGCCUUCCUCGACGAGGCCACGGCGGCGUUCCUCGCCGGCGGCGCCGCCUCGCACUCGUCCCUGUGGCAGUGGCUCGUCCUUGCGGUCGGUGUGGUGCUCCUGCGCGGUGCCUAGAUCCACACGAGCUGCGCUCCGCCAGACGGACGUGAACAGACAUCCAGGGGGCGAAAAACUAUCAGCCAUGUGAACCGAACUUUGGACAUGUCGUAGCGUGCGGACGAACGAAGCGACACCUGAAAAUGCUCCGCUCAGAGUGUUCAUCCCGGUGGGGUUACUGGUAUACAGCUGCCAUGCGACACAUUCGAGUAAAUCUAUCCAGAGUGUUAAUUUGGAAACUUGUGGAAACCGAAUGGCGGAGCGCCAGUUCGUCUGCUCCUCGCAUAAGUGUUACCAUGAUGUCAGAACGCCGAGCUCUUAUUGGCUGGUUGAAAAACAAAAAAAAACGGGUAGGCCUCGAGGCGUCUAGCUUUGAGGUCUACUCCUUAUCCUUUCAAUCAAAGCCAAUCAAAGCUCGGCGUUCCUCUGACGUCACCGCAACCCCUGUGCGAGAAGCAGACGACUUGUUCUCCGCAUAGGCUUUGCUCCUCAUGCCUCGGUAGAAUUGGCGAAGGACAACUGUACAUCUGGGUGCAUGGGGAUGUAUGCAUAUCUCAGACCGACUGCGAGAUAUAUAGAGGGCAUAACGUUGUGUACAUGCAAUGGAGGGAGCUAUGUACCUGCCAAACUAUAUCUGAGCGCAAAUUGAUUCCGAUCCGUUCACGUUGUUGCAUGCUCAAUUCAUGGUAACCGCGCAAACUCGUGCGAGCCGCGUCUUUCUUGGUGCCGGAGACAAACUUUUUUUCAUCAGGGUAAUUUAUUUGACAAUCGCAGAUAUUAUCAAAUAGCUGCGAUUGUCAAAUAAGACAUAUUAUUUUGUUGAAAAAUAUUGGUUAUUGUGAAAAUCGCAUAUAAAAUUUGAAUGCGCUAGAGAAGCAUGGUUACACUAAAAGACUCAGUGCGCUGCAGUGUGUUGGCUACGCACAUUGUGGCCAACCUGAAACAAUGGUGCGGACUGUUGCAUAGGUAGAUAAUCGAAUAGGCGAUUAUAACGUCAUAAUAAAAUAUGUCCAUUUGGAUAGUGCCAAAAAACAAUUUCAGAAGAGGUGAGUUAUGUUAUUCUUAGUAUUACCUCAACCGCCAAAUAACGUUGGUGAUAUUAAAAGAAAUAGUGUUCGAGUUUCA